AGUAGCACGCGAGCGCCUGGGACGGGACGAGGCCUCGGCAGCCCCCGGCCCCUGGGCCCAGAGCGGCGGAGGGCCCGCAGCUGGGGGUGUUUCAGCCCGGCCCCCCCACCCCUCCCGCGCCCCAGCACUGCGCUUCUCCUCCCGCUCGUACGAGCGAGCGAGGGAGGGAGGCAGCAGCAGCAGCACAGACAGAGUCGCGAGUGCAUGCUGACACCUGCCUCUGGCGCGGCGGCUCCGAGGAGGUGUCGGGCCACGGUUCAGACGGCCGGGUUAGGCUUUGGGCUUCGUGGCGGGACUGGCAUUCAGUGCUGCAGCAGCGCUGAUGCCUCGUCCCUGACGGCGCGCACGGUCAGGCGCGAUGGCUGCUGUCCUUCGUGAGACAGCCGACACGUCAUCUCCACCCGUGACGUUGCAGGUGUUGAAGACGUGACAGUAUAGUUAACUCAGACGGUCAGUGUUGGGCUUGAGAGUGCUGAUAAACCAAUAAUUAGAGAUGAGAUGAUGACGUUUUCUUUUUGAAUAGAACUAAUACACUAUUUUGAUGUACCACAGGUAGAUUUUUCCAUAACCUUAUGGAGAAAAAGGACUUUGAAGCAUGGCUUGAUAACAUUUCUGUUGCAUUUCUUUCUCUGACGGACUUGCAGAAAAAUGAAACUCUGGAUCACCUGAUUAGCCUGAGUGGAGCAGUCCAGCUCAGGCACCUCUCCAAUAACCUAGAGAUCCUCCUCAAGAGGGACUUCCUCAAACUGCUUCCGCUGGAACUCAGUUUUUAUUUGCUAAAAUGGCUUGAUCCUCAGACCUUACUCACAUGUUGCCUCGUCUCUAAGCAGUGGAAUAAGGUUAUAAGUGCCUGUACAGAGGUGUGGCAGACAGCUUGUAAGAAUCUGGGCUGGCAGAUCGAUGACUCUGUUCAGGACCCUCUGCACUGGAAGAAGGUUUACUUGAAGGCUAUUUUAAGGAUGAAGCAACUGAAGGACCAUGAAGCCUUUGAGACCUCCUCUUUAAUUGGACAUAGUGCCAGAGUAUAUGCACUUUACUAUAAAGAUGGACUUCUUUGUACAGGUUCAGAUGACUUGUCUGCAAAGCUGUGGGACGUGAGCACAGGGCAGUGCAUAUAUGGCAUCCAGACACACACUUGUGCUGCAGUGAAGUUUGAUGAACAAAAGCUUGUGACAGGAUCCUUUGAUAACACGGUAGCCUGUUGGGAAUGGAGCUCAGGGGCCAAGACACAGCACUUCAGAGGGCACACGGGUGCAGUUUUUAGUGUGGAUUACAAUGAUGAACUUGAUAUUCUGGUCAGUGGCUCGGCAGAUUUCACUGUGAAAGUAUGGGCCUUAUCAACAGGAACGUGCCUGAAUACACUUACUGGACACACAGAAUGGGUCACAAAGAUUUGGCCUAUUGGAAGGGAAAUAAAUUGCAAAUGCUUAAAAACCCUGUCGGUGUCUGAAGAUCGCAGCAUUUCACUGCAGCCCCGACUGCACUUCGAUGGCAAAUACAUUGUGUGCAGUUCAGCUCUAGGAUUGUACCAAUGGGACUUUGCCAGCUAUGAUAUUCUCAGGGUUAUCAAGCCUCCUGACCUUGCUAAUGUGUCCUUGCUGGGCUUUGGAGAGAUAUUUGCCCUGCUGUUUGAUAACAGAUACCUGUAUAUAAUGGAUUUGAGGACAGAAAAACUGAUUAGCCGCUGGCCUCUGCCAGAAUAUCGAAAGUCAAAGAGAGGUUCCAGCUUCUUGGCUGGUGAAAUCUCCUGGCUAAAUGGACUAGAUGGUCAAAAUGACAUGGGCCUGGUUUUUGCCACCAGUAUGCCAGACCACAGUAUUCAUUUGGUAUUAUGGAAAGAACAUGGCUGAAGAGAUGGCAUAUGCCAGGAUCUUCAUGAAUCCUUGAACUAUCAGCAGUUUGUCCAUGACAGAAGACUUUGCAUGAACCAAAGUUGCACACCUAAUGGUAUCAUCAUGCAAUGCACAAUCAUUUACCUUUUAUUUUUAGGGCAUUUUUCAAGGGUUUCUUUGACAUAAUGCAACACAGCAUGCUAGCAAUAUUCACCACUGAAUUUUGUCUGUACUCAUGUUUAAGUAUCUAUAUUUGGGCUCUGAAGUAUAGGAUGAUAAAGGUUAAAAAUCACUCAAAUCUAUUGAUCAGGUCUACAUUGAUAUAGUACUUGCUUUCAGACUUCUGCCCUAUUUUUUGGAUGAAACAAAGGAGAUGAUGUUAUCUUAGCACUCUAGUCUCGUAUAUGCAGCAGCAAAGGCUGGUCAGCAGUGCACAACGGCACAGUUCCCUCAAGUGAAACCAAAAUGGCCCUUUGAAUAUUAUCUUCUUAGUGACAUUGACUUUUCCUUAUCAGAGCUUUAAACCAUGACUCCGUGGAAUCAAGAAAUGAGGUGGAGUUUUUUAAGCAUUGUUAGAUUACUUUUGGAUGACACCAGCAGCCGCUCUGAGGCUGUGUGGAGGUGAUACUCCUAUCCCUGGGUCAGACUGAGCCACGUUCUCUGUUAUUAUUUGACCUAAUAGUUGUCAGAUGUGAACUGGAGAAUUUGUGGCUGGUGUCUAUUACGCUUCUCUUUUUGAAGUCAAGUUGGGACAGAAGCAAACAGUCUUUCCGUGGACACUAAGUUGACAGCACAAUGUGAAUAAAACCAUCUUGCUGGUUUAAUGUUUGUCCCAUUGUACUACUAUUGAAUGAACAUGCUGGGCAAUGUCUUGGUCUUCUUUCAGAGACUGAAACAUGGAAUGCUUGUACAACUCUAGAAGUCUGCCCUGCAUAGCUUUAUCAGCAGUGCACUGUUAAUGUUUUUCCACAGGCUGAGGGUCAGAGCAGCGUGUGCUCCAGGGAUUUAGGAAAAAAAAAUAACGGAAGGGAACAAGGUCACCCUUAACCCAUGGGCUACUAGAUUUGAACUCCUACAUUGAGCAGAUGGUAUCCAAAAAUUGUCUUCCCUUGCAAAGUAACGGUCAUAUGCUAGUGGGUAUGGAACUACCUGUUCCAACUAGAUUGGAAAGUGGGAGCCAAAACUGUGAUACCAUGAACAUAAGCCCUUGAAAAAGGAGUUUUAAAAUUUAAAGGAUAGAAUUGGCAAUAGAUCUAUUGUAGUCUGAUAUGACCAGCUUCACUAGACUUGACUAAGAUAGAGAGAAGAUUUAGUAAAUAUUUAAUAGUAAGCAUCCAUCACAAGUACUAUCACUGAACCUGACUUGUAUUUAAAAACUGUAUCCAUCACAACAUAACUCACUUUAGAAGUGCAUUUUUACAUUUGAAAAAUAAAGUUGCCCCCCUAGUGUCUAUUUUUACACAACUUCUAAAUAUAAGGUUGCUUGAAGAUUGAUGACUCUGUUCUUUAUUUAAGACACUCAAUAUUCCCCAUUAUCUUAACAUGAUGAUCCCUCCCUACCCCAGGGUUGUGGACAAGGAAUGAGCUACAGAUUCUAGGAAGUAUUCUUGUACAAAAACAUCAGUGGAAAUUAGGCAUUUAAGGCCAGAUUUUUCUGAGAUAGUUAACUGAUCUGGCAAAGGUCAUACAAGGGAUCUGGGGUCUAGAGUGCAGCCCUAACCACUAGGAUACCCACCUCUCUCAUGGAGAAGUUACACCUUUAGCCAAGGAAGAGCAGAGUACCUGUAAGUGACAGGUGGAACCAAUGAGCAUGACACUGCCACAGGACAAACAAAUGCAAGUCAUGGAUGAAGUGACUACCGUAAGUUAUCAAAGUGUAGCAUAAUUAAAAGAUCCUUAAGGGGGGACACCAGAGAUGCAUCCAAUGGAUUGUUUUCCAGGCAGCUGACAACUGCCACUCAGGCUAGGAAAGUUUCCAUUUAGCUUUUGACUCAGUCACCUUUAGAUAAGUGGCAAGGGAGGCAGAGUCAAAUGUAUGUACAAGGAAAAGUCUGGGUAUAGUUGAAUUUUAAGAGGGUUGCCUGCCAGGUAGAGAGAUUUAUCAUGCAGUUCAACUUGGAAGUAAAGCAGCAACAAAAUAGAACUUACCCAGUUUACUAAGAACAAGACCUGGUAUCCACCUCAUGUCCGAUUUUAGCAAAUGAAAGAACAGUCCAAGUUGAAAGGAUUCAAGAUUGUGGAAAAUUACGUGAUAAGCAGUCAAGAGCCUCUGCUUUCUUCCAGCUAAGAACAGUCUUCACUCUGCUAACAUGAACCUCCUCCCUUAUCAGCCUUUAUAACUGAAAAGCUUUUAAAAAAAAAAAAAAAAUCAACCCUCUCCUCUUAAGUAAUUCAGAGCAGCUGUGGGUGGCCACCCUGAAAGCCUGCCUUCUAACUUUCAGAUUAUAUCCCCCUUCACACCUUCAUCCACGGCCUAUUGGGGGCUUUUUAUUGCUUAUUCAAACAAAGUGAAGUAUUUUUAGUGUAACAAAACAUAGCGACCAGCAUUUGUACAAAUGCUGCUGUUUGCAAGAAUAAACGUGGGCUUUGUUACUUUCACACUUCUCUUAAUUUUCUACUCUUAUUUUGAUAUGAAAAAUCAAAUUUGGAUAUUUUUUCCACGGGUUUUUAAAUGCAAACUAGGAAUUAUUUGGCAGCACAGAUGUUAGUAGCUAAAUUACUGUAGUUAUAAUUCAACCCAUCUGCUUGAAAAUGUUUGGAAAGUUUACAUGAUAAUCAGUUGACCCAAAUUUAUAACUGGAACAAGUUUACUGGAAACAAAUCCAGCUUUGGUGUUUUCAGAACAGCCUCCACUCCCUGUGCCUGAUUUCAGCAUCAUCAACUGGCUGCCACUCUACUGCAAAGCCUUUGUAGCAAAAAGAAAUGCCAGGUCUUGCAAGUGCAUUGCUUUCUCUGCUUGCAUCCUCAGCUUCUGUGAUCAGAGCCUUACUUGCAGAGUUCCUUCUUUUAUUGCCAGGGUGGCUGCUAUCUAAGCCUGGGCGUAGUAACCACCUUCAAAGGAACAUUUGUCCAUACUGAGCACCACAAACUCCAUCCAUUUGCUCUUUAGCCAUCACAGAUAGAUAUUUGCAGGUAUGUCAUGAUGGAGCCAUAAGUGUAUGUCGCAAUUCAGGACCUUUCAACAGCUGCAAGCGUAUGGAGCUGCAAGACCAUGUCUGCCUCUUCCUCACUAUACCAAGUGUCUUAGUAUUUAUCGUAUUAGAGAACUCAUUGAAAUAUUCUUUACUAUGGUUUCAUAUUUUAUUGUGUAUUGUAAACAGUUACCACAAAUUUAGGUCAUGGUUAAAAUGCAUUUGCCUAUACCUGGUAUGUUCAGGGACUGUUCUGGCAGAUCUGCAUGGAAAUCUUUACAUGUAGUUAUCUAUUAUCAUGGUGGUUCCUACCUGUCCCUUAGGAAUCUAGCAGCUUUUCUACCAUAGCUAUAGUGUUGCCCUAAAACACAGUUUGCAGUAGCACAUGGUUGACAUUCAAGAUUAAGGAGGAGUUGUAUUUCCAGA